AUGUCAAAAGACAUAAGCAAGGCCCAGGAAAAUACCAAAAAAAUCAAUGCAGCCCUGAAGAUAAUCAAAAAUAAACCCGGGGAAUGCGACAACUCUUCCGGAAAGACAACAGCAGACCUAACAACGUACACUCUUGAGAACGGAACACGGGUUUCUACAAAGGAAAGAGUAUGUAGCUCUGUCCGUCCUGUCGCAUUGGGCACUCCCACGGACGCGGAGCUCUUCCAGGGGAACGGGCUCCCAAACCACGACUUUUUGAGAGAGCAUUUUCGUCGCGAGGGCCGUUUGAGUGAGACUCAAGUGCUGCGGAUAUUGAAGAUGGCUACAGACUGCCUAUCCCGCGAACCCAACCUUCUUCAGGUGCCUGCUCCUGUCACGGUGUGUGGUGACAUUCAUGGGCAGUUCUACGAUUUGCUGAAAUUAUUUGAGGUGGGCGGAGACCCCCAGAAGACGCCUUACCUAUUUUUGGGCGAUUAUGUCGAUCGAGGCUCAUUUUCUAUCGAGUGUCUGUUGUAUCUUUACAGUUUGAAGCUGAACUUUAACCAACACUUUUGGUUACUAAGAGGCAAUCAUGAAUGCAAGCACUUAACCUCCUAUUUCACGUUCAAGAGCGAAUGCCUGCAUAAAUACAACCUCAAAAUUUACGAAUCCUGCUGUCAAUCGUUCAAUGCCUUGCCUUUGGCUGCCGUUAUGAAUGGCCAGUACUUCUGUGUUCAUGGCGGUAUAUCUCCAGAACUUCGGUCGCUGGAUGAUAUCAAUAGAAUGGACCGGUUCAAGGAAAUACCUUCUCGUGGAUUGAUGUGCGAUUUGAUGUGGGCAGAUCCUACAGAGACUUACGACGAAGACGCAGACGAUCCUUCAGGAACGAAAUUCGUUCCAAACUCUGUGAGAGGAUGUUCGUUUGCCUUCACUUAUCAAGCUGCGUGCGAAUUCUUACAAAAAACUGGGCUGCUUUCUAUUAUAAGAGCACACGAAGCACAAGAUGCUGGGUACAGAAUGUACAAGAAUACAGAAACAUUAGGGUUUCCGAGCUUGCUGACGUUGUUUAGCGCCCCCAAUUAUCUAGACGCUUACAAAAAUAAAGCGGCGGUGCUUAACUACUCUAACAACGUCAUGAACAUAAGACAAUUUAACAUGUCGCCACAUCCAUAUUGGCUUCCUAACUUUAUGGACGUAUUUACUUGGUCUUUGCCAUUUGUCGGAGAAAAGGUUACCGAAAUGUUGGUUUCCAUCCUGAACAUCUGCACAGAGGAAGAGCUGGAGGAAGAGACACCAAUGAUCCAGGAGGACGUGGGGAAGGCUGAUGUUGCCUACAAGAAUAGCCAAGAAACGACAUCAGGUGUCUCCGGAGCAAAGCCUACUUCGUCCAUAUUAAACAACGAAGCUAAAAGACGCGCGUUGAGAAGCAAGAUCAUGGCAAUCGCGAAGGUUUCACGGAUGUACUCAAUUCUGAGGGAAGAAAGUGAGAAGGUCGAGUAUCUCAAGACAAUCAACGCAGGAAUAUUGCCAAGGGGUGCAUUAGCACACGGCCCCGAAGGGCUGAAGGAAGCACUGUCGACAUUCGAAAAAGCGCGCCGCGAGGACUUGGUCAACGAAAGACUACCGCCAAAGCUGCAAGAAGUUGACAAGCAGCGUAACGAUUAUUACAAGCAAAUCGUAAGGGAAAAGAAUGGUAGUUAA